CGGGGUCCUUGAGGGGUCUGGUGCCCUUCUGCUAUUCAGCCAGCGCGCGCCACGGCGGGAGGCAGCGUGGGGAGAGUACACUCGACGCUCGGUACGGACAGCGUGCCCAGGUCCGCGGACCCAAGGUAGGGGCAGCCGCGUAGCCGAGCGGAAGCUGGUGGCCCCCGGGACUGGCAGUCGGCGCCGGAGCUCCGCGGGCGGGAAGCACCCAACAGCGGGAAAGCCCCGGGAGCAGCGCUUCGGCGCUUCUCUCACCCAAGGGUGCGCGGCGACGGUCACGGGGCGCGGCGCUACCGCGCACGACCCAGGCCAGGAUUCCAAACAGCCGGCCAAGGCUCCUCCUCCGCCCGGGCCGCCUCACCUGCGGGAAGCGCGGCGCCGCCCCCGCCGGUAUAGACGGCACCUGCGCCGUCUAAACCGUGGGUCUACGCCCCUCGCCCUGCGGCGCCAGACCCCGGCGCCCCCACCCGCCGCCGCACACCUGGAAGGGCGGGGGCUGCGGGAGCAGAGGCUCGGGACGCCCGGCGCCUCGCCUCCGCGCUGGGAGGACGCAGGUGGAGCGAGCGCGUCUUCCCGGAAUCCCUCGCCGGCUCGUCCCGCCGCCGUGGUCCCGGACACCGCGGGGCCCCGGGGACCUGGGAGGGGCCACCGCCGGCUGGGCACCAUGAACAGCAGCAGCGCCAACAUCACCUACGCCAGUCGCAAGAGGCGAAAACCCGUGCAGAAAACAAUAAAGCCAAUCCCGGCUGAAGGAAUCAAAUCAAACCCUUCCAAGCGACACAGAGAUCGGCUUAAUGCCGAGUUGGACCGUUUGGCUAGCCUGCUGCCUUUUCCACAAGAUACUAUUAAUAAACUGGACAAACUUUCAGUUCUUAGGCUCAGUGUCAGUUACCUGAGAGCCAAGAGUUUCUUUGAUGUUGCGUUAAAAUCCUCCCCAGCUGACAGAAGUGGAGGCCAAGAUAGCUGUAGAACAAAACUUAGAGGAAACCUGAAAUUGGAAGAAGGAGAAUUCUUAUUACAGGCUCUGAAUGGCUUUGUAUUGGUUGUCACUACAGAUGCUUUGGUCUUUUAUGCUUCAUCUACUAUACAAGAUUACCUGGGGUUUCAGCAGUCUGAUGUCAUACAUCAGAGUGUGUAUGAACUGAUCCAUACUGAAGACCGAGCAGAGUUUCAGCGCCAGCUGCACUGGGCAUUUGACCCUUCACAGUGUGCAGACCCUGGACAAAGGAUUGAUGAAGCUGAUGGCCUCCCAAAGCCAACAGUCUAUUAUAACCCAGACCAGCUUCCUCUGGAGAACUCUUCUUUUAUGGAGAGGUGUUUCAUAUGCCGGCUGAGGUGUCUCCUGGAUAAUUCCUCUGGUUUUCUGGCAAUGAAUUUCCAAGGGAGGUUAAAGUAUCUUCAUGGACAGAACAAGAAGGGGAAAGAUGGAUCAAUACUUCCACCUCAGUUGGCUUUGUUUGCAAUAGCUACUCCACUUCAACCACCAUCCAUUCUUGAAAUCCGAAGCAAAAAUUUCAUCUUUAGAACUAAACACAAACUAGACUUUACACCUACUGCUUGUGAUGCCAAAGGAAGAAUUGUUUUAGGAUACACUGAAGCAGAGCUGUGCCAAAGAGGAUCAGGAUAUCAAUUUGUUCAUGCUGCUGAUAUGCUUUAUUGUGCUGAGUACCAUAUCCGGAUGAUUAAGACUGGAGAGAGUGGCAUGAUAGUGUUCAGACUUCUUACCAAAGGAAAUCAAUGGACCUGGGUUCAGUCUAAUGCACGCUUAGUUUUUAAAAAUGGAAGACCAGAUUAUAUCAUUGCAACUCAAAGAGCUCUAACAGAUGAAGAAGGAACGGAGCAUUUACGAAAACGAAAUAAGAAAUUGCCUUUUAUGUUUACCACUGGAGAGGCCAUGUUAUAUGAGGUAGCCAGCCUUGUUCCUCCUGUGAUGGAUGCCUUACCCAUAAGGAGUAAAAGCAGCGCUAGUGGAAAAGACUCUGCUAUGAACUCAACACUAAAUAAGGAUUCUGUCAAUCCCAGUUCCCUCCUUGGUGCCUUGGCACAUCAAGAUGAGUCUAUUUAUCUCUAUCCAGCCUCAAGUACUGUACCCUUUGAAAGAAGUUCUUUUAAUGAAUCUGUGAAUGAAUGCAGAAAUUGGCAAGAUGAUAAUAUUGCACUGAUGGGGAACGAUAAUAUCCUGGAACAUGAUCAAAUUGGUCAGUCUCAGGAAAUGAACUUGACGCUCUCAGGAGAUUAUGCAGGGCUCUCUGCAGAUAAUAAAAAUAGUGACUUGUACAGCAUUAUGAAAAACCUAGGAAUUGAUUUUGAAGAUAUCAAACACAUGCAGCAGAAUGAGGAAUUUUUCAGAACUGACUUUUCUGGUGAGGAUGACUUCAGAGACAUUGACAUAACUGAUGAAAUCCUGACCUUUGUCCAAGAUUCUUUAAAUAAGUCCACGGUUCUGAACUCAAGCUGCAUGGUACACGAACACCUACAGUUAGAGCAGCAGCAACUACAGCAGCAUCAAAAGCAAGUAGUGGAGCAGCAACUGUGUCAGAAAAUGAAGCAUAUGCAAGUUAAUGGCAUGUUUGCAAACUGGAACUCUCACCAAUCUGUGCCUUUUAGUUGUCCUCAGCAAGACCUGCAACAGUAUAAUGUCUUUUCAGACUUACAUGGAACUAAUCAAGAGUUUCCCUACAAACCUGAGAUUAAUACUAUGCCUUACACACAGAACUUUAUUCCCUGUAAUCAGUCUGUGUUACCACAACAUUGCAAGUAUACUCAGUCGAACUUUCCCAUAGAAAAUUUUGAGCCAUCCCCAUACCCUACUACUUCUAAUUUAGAUUUUGUUGGUUGUUUACAAGUUCCUGAAAACCAGAAACAUGGAAUAAAUCCCCAGCCAGCUAUAGUAGCUCCUCAGACAUGUUAUGCUGGGGCCAUAUCAAUGUAUCCAUGCCAGCCUGAAACUCAGCACACCUCUGUGGAUCAGAUGCAGUACCAUCCAGCAAUGCCAAGCCCACAGACAUUUCUGAACAAGUUUCCGAGUGGCGGAGUUUCAAAUGCAACAUAUCCAGUUGAAUUAAGUAACAUAAAUAACACCCAGACUACAACCCAUCUUCAGACCCUUCAACAUCCGUCAGAAGCCAUACCUUUCCCCGAUUUGACAUCCCAUGGCUUCCUCUAAUUCCAAGCCCAAAUUUACCUUGGUUUGGGGAUGCUGCUUAAAUUAGUUUGUGAAGGAUUGUGGAAUAUUGGACAUCAGCACAUUCACACAGAGGCACUGAUGCAUGUUGUUCAUACUUUUUCCAAACAAAAUUUUUUUUAACUUGUUUUUAGAAGAGAAAUUCUACUGUAAUUCUACUGUCAUCAAAAUAGAAACUGUGCUGCCACAGAAUCUUGAUAUCGCUUACUACAUUUCACAUUAUUCUCUUCUGAGCACCAGAAAAUAUACAAAAUGUAUUCAGGGGAACUUUAAACACCUUUUUAAAAUAAGGAAUACAAAUUUUCUCUAAUUGAGUUAUUUCUCUCAGAAUAAAAAUGAAAUCUUUUGAUUUUUUGAACUUCUGAAUUCUUUUUAGUAUACCAAAUACAGAACCAAAUACAGAGUUACAAAGCUGAACUAUUUCUCUGUAUUUUCAGCUUCUGCUUUUAUCUAUCUCAGUCUGUGUCAGUGGGUUGGUGUUUUUACAAAACGAUAAUCUCACUGCUCUUCCCUGUUAAUCUAAGUGCCUCACAAUUUUUUCUACCUAUAACACUUUAAGAUGUAUAUUUUAAAAAUAUACUUUUUAAUUAAAUUAACAUUCUUGCUGUGCACAAUUAUUUGUAUUUCUUAAAUCCAGUUAUUUUUAUUAAGUCAGGCAUGUUGUAAUUGCACUACUCACCCACUUUCUUCAGGUAAAUGGCAAAUGAUUUUAAAGAUAAUUAUUUAUUACAUAAUUUUGUUGCUUCUAGAAUGUUGCUGUGUGCCUUAUACUGAAUUUGGAUUUUCAAAAUUCUUAGCACUUAAAUUUCAUCAGUGUUUUCAGAAGAUAUAGCACUGCUUUCAUCAGUGUUUUCAGAAGAAGAUAUAGCACUGCUUACCUUUAUUGAAAUCUCCAGAAUAGUUCGAUGUUACAAUGUGAAAAAUGUGUUAAAUGGAACCAUCUAUUAGAUUGCAAUGAAGAGCAGCAACUUUGUUGCUAUCUUUUUAAUUAAAUUAAACAAAGCACCUAUUUCAAUGUAUAUAAAUUAAUUCUUCACUUCUAAGGAAACCUUUUCUUAUGUUUGAGGAGUGUUAAAAUUGAAGAUGCCAACCUUCUGUGCACAGUCUGUAAGUUUGUAAUGAACAAAAUUAUUUGUAAGAUAUUUUCACUUUCAUUUAAAGUCAUAUCUUAUAUAUGCAUAUAAAUAAUGUUUGAGUUUUACAUGUUUUAUCAAUGUCUUGUUAAGAAAUCAAAGAACAAACCCAACUGCUCUCAAGUUGAUAAUAAGAAAAAGAUAAAGACACAUUUCCUUUACCUUCAAAUGUUAGGUUGUUUCCAUGAUAUAAUGACCUUUAGUAUCAAUAAGGCAAAUUAAUCACUAUACCACUUUAGUGUCCUACAGUGAUUUAAAAGAAAACUGCUACCAUCUGCCAUUAUUGUAUUUAAAUAUAACCUCUGAAGGGCAUAAACACAUUUUGCAUAUAUUAAAAAAAAUUCUGAUGGAAUCCCAAACUGAGAUGUAAUAUUAAUAAAAUGGUUUUCAUUUA